UGUGCAUCUCCCCACCUCCAUCACCAUCACCUGUUCCACUGUGUCUGCAGCGUUUUGAGUUGCAUAUUUGUCCACAAUUUCUUUUUCUUUUUCAUUUCAAGGAUGUCUGAGGAGCAUCAUCAUCAUCAUCUGUUUCACCACAAGAAAGAGGAGGAAGUAAGCCCUGAUGGAGAGCAGAGCGUUUAUGUAGAGCAGACAACUGUUGAGUAUGGCGGUGGAGACAAGUAUGAGAAGGUAAUAAAGGAGGAAAAACACCACAAGCAUCUGGAGCAUGUUGGUGAAUUUGGGGCUGUGGCUGCUGGAGGAUUUGCACUGUAUGAGAAGCACCAAGCAAAGAAAGAUCCAGAGCAUGCUCACAGGCACAAGAUAGAGGAGGAGAUCGCUGCAGCUGCUGCUGUGGGCAGUGGUGGAUUUGCAUUCCAUGAACACCAUGAGAAGAAGGAAGACAAGAAAGAAGCUGAGGAAGCCAGUGGCAAGAAGCAUCACCAUCUCUUUUGAUUUCCAGUGCUCAUAAUAAAUCUAUUAUAGAAGUUGAAAUGUGUUUGUUUAAGUGGACUGCUAUGAGGACUAUAUCUCCUCUGCAUUUAAGUUUUAUGCUAUUCUGAAGAAGAAUAAAAUGGGUUUUUCAAUAUAUGACUCACUUUGGCAAUGACCACAUGUAUUGAAAUGCUCAUUGUAAUGCAUUAGUUUUCCUGUCUAUUUUAAGUUGUUGUGAAUUAAAUGUGUAAAACUACAUUGUCUAAUAUGUAGUCUACAUCUAUAGGAAGGGACCAUGUGGUUUGGAUCUAAUGGUAAAACCCUAGUUGUUGACUUGGCUCAAAUUAUAGCAUGGUUUCUUAAUAGUUACUUUUUCUGUUUUAAACUCUA